AGCUUUGUGACUAAAUUCCAGGGUUGCUUGUUUGAAAAUGUGUAUGGAUUGAAACCAACAGAGGAAAACAAGGACUUUCUGGGAUGGGUGAAGCCCGAGGAUUCAGAUGAUUCAAUGUGGGAGGAUGGAGAUGUCGGCGAAUGGAGAAGUCCCGAUAAGGCCCGUUCGAUGGAGUUUUCAGACAGGGAGAAUCAGGACUUGCUAACAAGAUCUUUCCAUUUAAGCACAUAUUUUAGAUACCCUAAGAAGUCUGCAAAAUUGAACUUUAAUUUUGAUGCUUCACAGAACGGGGAGACUUAUAGU